GGUGGGCAAAAGGCUGCAAAGACAAGUUUAUUUAGGAAGGAAAAAAAAAACAAAUAAACCAAAAAGAGAGCAACAAAGCACAAAGGGAAAGGAAAGUUUAUGUGUUGAAUGUAAAAAGAUCACUACGCACAAAUGUUUGUGGCAGAAAAAACCUACCAAGUGAAAGAGAUUUGACAUUGCAAGAAGCAUAUAUAUUAGAGAGAGAGAGAGAGAUCUAAAGCCUUGGACUUUUCUUUGGCCGCCCACCACCAUAAGAGAAACAAACAAAGAAAAUAUAACUCAUUGAUCCCCCACCAUUAUAGAAUCAAUUAGAACAAUAUCUAUCAAAGGAAUUAACAAGAGAAACCAAGUAUGAUACAAGAAGAUCAAGGACAGUGUUCAUCUCAAACAAUCAAUAACUUUGAAACUUAUCAGCAAGAGCAGUUUCUCCUUCAACAACAGAUGAUGAGGCAACAAAAUAGUGAUCAUCAUAUAUUUGGUGGAGGAAGGUCUAUGUUCCCUACAGCAGGAGGUGAUCAUAAUCAAGUUUCACCAAUCUUGCAACAAACAUGGUCUAUGCAACAACUUCAUCAUCAUCAUCAUCCUUUCAACCCUCAUGACCCUUUUGUUAUUCCUCAACAACAAGCUUCACCUUAUGCAAGUUUGUUCAAUAGAAGGGUUCCUUCUCUUCAGUUUGCAUAUGAUCAUCAUGCUGGUUCUGAGCAUCUUAGGAUCAUAUCAGAUACACUUCAACAUGGAUCAGGUUCAGGACCUUUUGGUGGUUUUCAAGGUGAAGUUGGAAAGAUGAGUGCUCAAGAAAUUAUGGAGGCUAAGGCUCUUGCUGCUUCCAAGAGUCAUAGUGAAGCUGAAAGAAGACGCAGAGAGAGAAUCAAUAACCAUCUUGCUAAGCUUCGCAGCUUGUUGCCAAGCACAACCAAAACAGACAAAGCAUCAUUGCUAGCAGAAGUUAUACAACAUGUAAAAGAAUUGAAGCGUCAAACAUCAUUGAUAGCAGAAACAAGUCCAGUUCCAACUGAAUGUGAUGAAUUAACAGUAGAUGCUGCAGCUGAUGAUGAAGAUUAUGGAUCAAAUGGAAAUAAGUUUAUCAUAAAAGCCUCACUUUGCUGUGAUGAUAGGUCAGAUCUUUUGCCUGAACUAAUCAAGACAUUGAAAGCAUUAAGGUUAAGAACACUCAAAGCUGAUAUAACAACACUUGGAGGACGUGUUAAGAAUGUUUUGUUCAUCACUGGUGAAGAAGAUGAUCAUGAAUAUUGCAUUAGUUCAAUACAAGAAGCACUGAAAGCUGUGAUGGAGAAGAGUGUUGGAGAUGAAUCUGCUUCUGGAAGUGUUAAGAGACAAAGGACUAAUAUAAUAUCAAUAUCUAAUUAAUUAGAAUUGAUUAAAUUAUGGUCUUUAUAAAUUUUAUCUAAUUAAAGGCCUAUUAUUAUAUUAGUAUAUGGUACUUGGUUAUUAUAUAUUUUUUAUUUGGGAUAUUUAAAUUUUUAUCUUUUUUUUUUGGGGGUGGUUUUCUUUUUCUUUUCUUUUCUUUUUUCAUGGUGUGUUGUAAGAUGUUGUUAUGUAUAUGGUCUCAUUGAAACAUGAUGAUGAGACAAUGAGGUAAUGAUAAUUUGGUGGUUUUUCUUUUUA